AUGACGUGCUUGCCGCUAAUCCUGUCACUCAAACUUCUACUGCUGGCAAACGAAGUUUCCUCGGCCAUCCACAGUGCCGCCGUAAAAACUCCUGCAACCUUGCACUACGAAUGCACUCAAUAUCUCCAACCGGACGACAAUGGCAACUGUACCCCAUAUUGCAUAGCAUUAGCGGCUCGCUUCUGGGAUGACGACCGAGACCGCCCAUCUCGCACCAUCAGCCGAUUCUACCUCCCCGACUCUAACGACUGCAACUACUGGAACCGCACGGAGAAGUGUCUUCAAGAAACACUUGGAAAUCUCCCAUCUUGGAAAAGCUGUCAACGGGCGACCUGCGCCCUCAUGUGUCACGAUGAUCAGUAUGGGGAGCUGAUCACCGAGCAGCCGUCCUUCAUUCCCUUUACCGAGCUGCAGCAUCGGCGAAUCGUUCGGCAGUGUGUGGAUAUUCUGCAAAUCGCGCCAGCAGCAAGGCAAGCGAUUCUGGAGCAGGGUUUGCUAGCAGUACCGGAAGGCAGAUGCCUGCUGCGAUGUGUUAUGCUACGAGAGGAUCUGUACAACGAUCGUGAAGGACCGAGGCUCAGCUGGCUGUGGAUUCAGACCGAGGGGUUCGAAGAUCGGUUCUACGAUACGGCGCAGAAGUGCUACCCUAUGUUGAAGCUGGAAACGUCGGAACCAUGCCUCUUGGCAGCCAGGUUCGCCGCGGAGUGUCUGCCGUCCAGGAUACCGAUCGUGGACACGGUGUACCGGGCGUUGUGUAUUUUGGGGAAUAAACAACCUUCUUGUGAGGACCCAUGUGAUGAUUAG